AUGCCGGAGAUGAAUAAGCGCGAGUUCGCUAACAACCACCAGGAACCGCAGUCUAGCGAAGCUGCGGCUGAUUCGCACGCCACCCCGCAAAAAAUGGAAACUCCUGCCGGCGGAAAACAGGAGAGAAAAUCCGAUGUGAAAGCAGUGCAGCGAGGAGAUGAUCGCUCAAACGCCAAGGGCGAUUCGAAGCAGGAAAACGCCAACGCUAACAACGGCGGCGGAACUGCGUCACCGCACUAUGGAGGACGUGGAAACGGGAACAACAAGAUUAGCUUCAAUCGGAUGGAUUCAUACGCUUCGGUUGCCAAGGGUGCGGCUAAUCUGCAAGAGGGGCAGAACUACAGGAACUACUACCGCCACGACCAGCACCGCCGACGCACCGAUUACGAUGCCGACGACGAUGACAUCGUGAAGGCUAUGAUUAAGCUGCAUCGCAACAGGUUUAGGGAAUUCAGGAGGCUCAACGACAACCCGUACCGCGAACGCGAGGCACCCAACUCGCAAGUGUCGGCGGAGGAGCGCGCCUCGCGCUCGGAACAGACGCAGAACUCCCCGAACUAUUUCCCGGCAUCCUCAAGUAGCGACUCGUUGGCUGUACAGCCACCGCAGGAAGACCAAGUUCAGCCCGCCGAGGAGAGUGAGGAACAGCCGGCCGACAACGCAGCGGAACUGAGGAACUCCAUGUCGUCCGACAUUACCGCUGCCGACGAAGGGGAACAGAACGAGCCUGCUGGCGAAGAGACCAGCACUUUUGUCAACCGCCACAGGCGCCACGACGGCGUCCGCUCCAACUACUUCGACCGCAGGCGCAAAAACUACAACGAGCGCUUCCCGGCCGACGGCGAGGAACGCGGAUUCAGCGGGUACAACAAAUACAAACACAGGUACAACAACCACAACAACGCCAAGCGCGACUAUAAGAAGGACGAGAAGCCGCAGGAGGCAUGA